AUGGUCUACUUCGCACCUUCGUUCAUCGCCCUUGCGGCGUCUGUCUUUUUCUCUGCGCCUGCGGUUGCUCAUCCAGGCCAUGACAUUGCUGAGGAGAUCGCUGAGCGCGCUGCCUACCUCGCCAGUGACUCUUACACCGAUCUCGCUCACUGCGCUGAGACGCUGAAGUCUCGUCAAGCUGAUCUGAUCAGCCGCCGUAAGGCAAUGGUUCAGCAUCUGCGUACUAAGCGUGGCAUUGUCAAGCGCGAUUUUGAGGAUGUCUUGAACACUGAUCACCACUCGAAUGCAUCGGUCACUCCUGACAGCCCCGAUGACGUUGUCUUUGCUGGUAACGCUUCGUGCAUUCUCCAGCCGGAGACCACCGAAGGCCCAUACUGGGUCUCUGGCGAGUAUGUCCGUCAAGACAUCACUGACGGCAACCCUGGUGUGCCCUUGACGUUCGAUAUUCAGGUCAUCGAUACCACAACCUGUGAACCGAUCCCGCAGGUCGCCGUUGAAGCCUGGCACUGCAAUAGUACUGGCGUCUACGGCGGAGUAGUCGCUGGUGGCAACGGCAACUCUGCUGAUGCGAGCAACAUCAACAACACCAUGUUCCGUGGUAUCCAGUUCUCCAACGAGAACGGUAUCCUGCAGUUCGACACAACUUUCCCCGGCCACUACAGCGGACGUACCACUCACAUCCACGUGCUUGCCCACAUCGACUCGACCAUCAACGAGCAGAACCAAACCCUCACUGGCGGCCACAUCUCCCACGUCGGCCAACUCUUCUUCGACCAAAAGCUCAUCACCGACGCCGAGUCUGUCGAGCCCUACGCCUCCAACACGCAGAGCCUCAUGCUCAACGCUAACGACGGCAUCUUCGCCCAGGAGGCCGCUACCUCCGACCCCGUACUCAAUUACGUCUACCUUGGCGACAGCGUCGACGAGGGCCUCUUCGCUUGGGUCACUGUUGGUAUCGAUCCUAAUGCUGUUACCGAGCCUCACGCAGCCGUUAGCUUCGGUGAGAACGGCGGUGUUGUUAACCCCGGUGGCGGCGGUGGACCUGGCGGACCACCUCCUAGCGGUUAA